AUGUUAUUUACAAGAACAUCUAGCCUAAGAAAAUCAGCUUUACGUUUUAGCUUAUCAACUUCUCGUUUCAUAUCCACAUCUGUUAAAUCACAACAAGUUUUACUAUCCAAACCUGUCCAAGAUGUUGACCCAGAAAUGUAUUCUAUCUUAGAAUCUGAAAGAAAAAGACAGAAAAAUUCCAUUACUCUAAUUCCUAGUGAAAAUUUCACCUCUAAAGCUGUUAUGGAUUUGUUGGGCAGCGAAAUGCAAAAUAAAUAUUCAGAAGGUUAUCCAGGCGAACGUUAUUAUGGUGGUAACCAAUUCAUUGAUAAAGCAGAAUCUUUGUGCCAAAAACGUGCUUUGGAACUAUAUAAUUUAGAUCCAGAAAAGUGGGGUGUCAAUGUUCAAUCUUUGAGUGGUGCUCCAGCCAAUUUAUAUACCUAUUCUGCCUUGUUGAAUGUUGGUGAUAGGUUAAUGGGUUUAGAUUUGCCUCAUGGUGGUCAUCUAAGUCAUGGCUAUCAAUUACCCUCUGGCACUAAAAUCUCUUAUGUUUCCAAAUAUUUCACCACAAUGCCCUACCAAGUCAAUUCAGAAACAGGUAUUAUCGAUUACGACCAAUUGUCACUUACUUCCAAAUUGUUCAGACCAAAGAUUAUCGUUGCUGGUACCUCCGCUUACUCUCGUUUAUUAGAUUACAAAAAAUUCAGAAAGAUUGCGGAUGGUUGUAAUGCGUAUUUAAUGUCGGACAUGGCCCACAUUUCCGGUUUAGUCGCUGCUGGUGUUAUUCCUUCCCCAUUUGAAUAUUCUGAUAUUGUCACCACCACCACUCAUAAGUCACUAAGGGGUCCAAGGGGUGCCAUGAUUUUCUACAGAAAGGGCUUACGUAAAGUUACCAAAAAAGGUAAAGAGAUUAUGUAUGAUUUGGAAUCAAAGAUUAAUUUCAGUGUUUUCCCAGGUCACCAAGGUGGCCCACACAACCAUACCAUCAGUGCCUUGGCUGUUGCCUUGAAACAAGCCUCCACUCCAGAAUUCAAGCAAUAUCAAGAAAAAAUUGUUUCCAAUGCAAAGAUAUUUGCCGAAGAAUUGAGCAAAAGAGGCUUUCAACUAGUUAGUAAUGGUACCGACAACCAUUUAAUCUUGAUUAACUUGUCUAACUUGGGUAUUGAUGGCGCCAGAUUAGAAACUAUUUUGGAACAUAUGAAUAUUGCUGCCAAUAAAAAUACUAUUCCCGGCGACAAAAGUGCCUUAUUUCCAACAGGUUUGAGGAUUGGUACACCCGCUAUGACCACUAGGGGAUUUGGUCCAGCAGAAUUCACCAAAGUUGCUGAAUAUUUGGACAAAGCUGCCAAAUUGGCCAUUGCCUUGAAGAGUCAAGAAAAUGUUGACUCCAAAGCACAUGCCAGAGCACAUUUAAUUGAAUUCAAGAGAUUAGUUGGCGAAAGUCAAGAAGUCGAUAAACUAGCAAAGGAGGUUUCUGAUUAUGUUUGUAAAUAUCCUGUUCCAGGUGAAUUAUAA